CGCCGACUGCCUGGGGUGGCUGAUAUUCACUAUGAUGAGGUCUACAGUGGGAUAUGCAAUUGAUAACUGCCCCAUUGCUGCUCCAAGCCGUCGCUCACAGCUUACGGCUUUCCCAUGUUCUCCGACUUUAUUGAACGGUUAUCUUUUACCAUGAAGCUCAUUUCCAGAUAUUCAAUUCCCGUGCUCGCUGAAGAGAAGACUGCCUUCAAUCUGAAGGUAUCAUUAGCUGCUGUAUCGGUAACAUGUGUUUGCUACGGAAUGCAAUUCGUCCUAUGUAUCAUUUGUCUACGACGUCUUUGGAUUCAUACGCCUCGAACACCCUUCGUCCGUUUCUUAUUCUGCUAUACACUCUUCCUCGGAAUAGUGAAUACUGUCUGGAUGGUCACUGCACCAUCCAGUCUUCAACUCUAUGCAAUCGAGUGGUUGCAGGACUGUCGGCCCGUGUCAGGCGUGAUACCGCCCGACUCUUGCCCGUCGGAGUUGCUCAACUCUUACAAGAUGGACACCUGGCUCGUCGACACGACAUCUGUCGUGUCAUACGUUGCAUGUACAUUGAGCGCUGACGCCUUGUUGCUCUGGCGUUGCAGACAGAUUUGGAUAUCCACAAUGUCUCCUUACGCAAAUUCCAUCUUGAUUGUACCCUGUUUGCUGCUCCUGGGCUCCACAGCAUCCAGCGUAUACUUCUUUCCUGAAGCAUUUCAACUGCUGAACUAUAUCUACCUAGCCAUAUCUCUGUCGCUCAACAUUCUCUUGACCUGGCUUAUAAUAGGCCGACUCACCUUCUGCAAGCGAAGAGUGCGAAAGGUAUUUGGAGAUGCAAAAGUCAAGCACUACUCCUUCGUCUCUGCGAUGUUCAUCGAGUCCGCUGCUUCCAAUGCCAUCGUAUCCGUUCUGAUGAUCGCAACAGCAGCGGCAAACAAUGCACUGUUCCAGAUUUGUUAUGCUCUCAGUCCAACAGUUCAGGGGCGUAUAUCUUACAUCGUAUAUGUCUGUCUUAGCUCACGCGUUAUGUUUCUACAGGCCUGCGCUAACUAUUUUAUUAUAUAUCGUGGAUUGAGGGGCAUUCAGGCAAGUUGGGGCGAUUCUUCGCUCUCUGAGCAGAUGACGUCUAUCGAAUUUGCUCGUCCAAACAAUUCAAACAUGGAGUCAUCCCCUGACUUGAAAAGGUCUAUCUCUGCUCCUCCCAGCUUUCAUACCGCGCAGGAUAUUCUGGUUGCAGAAUCCAACAACCCCGAUGAGAGAAAUAGUGGAGACAAGUGUGACACAGUUGCACCAAAUGUCAUUCCAGUUUGAAGAAAAAUACAUUGGGAUAUUGGCCAAAGGAAAUAUAAGCAUCCAUCGGAA